CGGUCGCCGCUGCCGGUGAAAGUUCUAUCAGGCCCAAUGCAUGCACCGGACCCAGCUGCGACCAACCGGGGUAGUGGUGAAGAUGAGCUUAGCAAGCGCUCCGUUGCUGAUCUACUCAAGAUGAUGGUCAAUAACUCAAAUUUACGACACCACGUCAUGAAACAAAUGCUGCAGCAUGAAAGGGCUACUGAUGUCUACGACACCUCGUUUCUAGACAGUCUGAUGACUCAGAUAGAACAACGAAAUUUACUUAUCGAACGUGCGGUUGCGCAAGCAGAAAAGAAUGCAAGCAAACCUUCUUCACAAGUUACCGGUAAUGAUAUUCAUCCCACCCCGCCUCGACCCCUCGUCCAAGAAAUUUCGCAUGAUUUCUUUGAUGAUAUUGAGAUAGAGCCGCCAACGAAAGUGUCGGCGUCUUCUGGCUCUCAAACAGCUCACACGAGCUCUCCCUCUGCGUCCUAUCCAGCAUCUACUUCCACUCGCCAAGAUCAUACAGCCUCGCCAUAUUAUUCGGAGAUUAUUUCAAAUCUCAAGAAUACUUUCAAGCUAUCAUCUUUCCGCACGAACCAGCUUGAGGCGAUCACGGCUACAUUAGACGGCAGGGAUGUCUUCGUUCUCAUGCCAACUGGAGGUGGAAAGAGUUUAUGCUACCAGCUCCCCGCCAUUUGCAAGACCGGAAAGACACAGGGAGUUACGAUUGUCAUCACACCGCUCCUGGCAUUGAUGACCGAUCAAGUGAUGGCGUUGAAGGCGAAGAACAUUGACGCCGUCUCACUCAGUUCAGGUGCCUUUUGCGGAGAAACCACCCGCGACGUCGAGAGCCGACUCAGGAGGAAGGGUGCGCCAAAGCCGAGCUUGGUAUACGUGACACCCGAGAGAAUGCAAAACAGCAACUCUUUGCUAUCUCUCUUGGACGAACUCAAUGAUUCAAAGCAGUUAGCACGCUUUGUUGUCGAUGAAGCACACGUAAUUCAAUCUUGGGGUCGAGAUUUUCGAGACGCGUAUAAGGAGCUUAAUGUCCUUCGUAACAAAUGGCCCAAUGUUCCCAUCAUGGCACUUACUGCCACGGCAGAUGAGACGGCAAUCCGGGAUAUCACAACUCAACUCCAGUUGAAGGACGAAGUCAAGCUAAUGCAAUCUUUCAACCGGCCCAACCUAAGCUACACAGUACGCCCCAAGCCCAAUAACAAGAAGCAAGCCACCCACGAAAUAGCUACAUUCAUUAAAUCGCGACAUCCCAACAGCUCAGGCGUGGUGUACUGCUGGUCCCGCAAUGAUUGUGAGGAAGUCGCAAGUCAACUUCGCGACGACUUUGGCCUGUCAGCGCACUAUUAUCAUGCUGGCAUCGACACGGCUACGCGACCCGUUAUUCAAAGCGACUGGCUCUCAGGCAAGUUCAAGAUUGUCGUCGCAACAAUCGCGUUUGGUAUGGGCAUAGACAAGCCUGACGUGCGGUUUGUCAUCCACCAUUCCUUGCCUAAGGAUAUGGACGGGUAUUAUCAAGAGACGGGUAGAGCUGGACGUGACGGUCUUCAGUCGGACUGCGUACUUUUCUUUUCUAACAAAGACCUCAUGGCGCGGUCAAGCAUGGUUCAGAACGAUAGUGAGAAGUCUGCUGAAGAAAAGGAACGCCAAGCUGCCGCCCUUCGAGCAGUAGCCACCUAUUGCUCGAACGAGGUAGAAUGUCGUCGGACCAUGGUCCUUAGACACUUCGGCGAGAAGUUCGAUCCCGCCAAUUGCCACAAGCAGUGUGACAACUGUCGCAAGGAUGGCGCGUCUGUCACCCAGGAUCUCACUGCUUAUGCGCAGAGAGUGAUUGAGCUCCACAAACAGAUGUCUGCUACAGGCUCCAUGAUCGCUACUGGGACUCUCAAGGCGGUUUUCAAGGGCCGAAACAUCAAAGCGGUGCGGGAAGGCGGGUAUCAGCAGCUCUCGUUGUGCGGUGCUGGGAAGGACCUCGAUGCAGCUAUACUCGAUCGACUUAUCGAGCAUAUGCUCCACAACACCAGCAUUCUUCGCAUUGAACGAGUUGCUAGAGGACAGUGGACCCAGAACUAUGUGGAGCUGGGGGACCAGGCCGACGACUGUCUCAAAGGACGUCUUCAAGUCUGCCUGGCUUUCAGAGAUGAAGACAUUGGCUCCUCCAAUCAAAGCUACUCUGGGUCAUCCAUCGGACGGCAGCGGCCAGCAAAGGCACCCGCCAGUGGUAGUACGCGGCCUAGGGAGUCCGUUGACGCGAACAACUCCUUCAACGAGGACGACCUUUACGAUGACAACGACGGUGACCCGAUUUCUGAUUUUGAACCCAUUAGGGAGGCACCAGAUCCCCAGCUAAUGGGCACUACAUCAUUGUCAAGAGUACCGUCCAAUGCAAGUUUUGCUGCAUCGAGGCCAGCUGAGCACGAUAACACGGACAUAGAUGAGGAGCUUGUGCAACUGCGUGAGCUUCGUCAAAAGUUUGCUGUCCAAAAAGGGGUCAAUUGCGAAGAAAUUUUCGAGGACUUCAUUCUCGACAGCAUGGCCGCAGUUCGUCCAAAAUCUAUUGAUGAGCUGAAAGGAUUGUUGUCGACUCUUUGCCCGAAUGAAGAAGAAGCUCUAGUGAAGCUAGACCGGUAUGGCAAGGGGUUUGUGAGGAUAUUUGCGCAUGGCAGCAGUGAUAGCUUAGCUGGCCUGAAAUCCACCACGCCAUUCCACAGUUCUCAACUGCAUCGACAAUAUGACUAUGCACCCUAGUAGUCAUCUAUAUACACAG